UUUCUUGAUUUCUUCGUUCUCCGAUCCGACAGAGUUUCUCGGAGUUUCUCCACUAUCUUCGACUUUUCUCCAUCGGCUGCGCAGUGCGCUUUGCUGCAUGUUUGUAAUAGAGUUCAAAAGUGUCUAAUCAUCAGCUUUCACAAUGUCAAUCUUAUCUUACAAUGGUGGAGCCGUUGUGGCGAUGAAAGGUAAAAACUGCGUUGCCAUUGCCAGUGACAAGAAAUUCGGAAUACAACUUCAAUUAAUUUCAAAAGAGUUUCCUAAAAUAUUUGAGAUGGGCCCACACUUAUAUGUUGGAUUACCUGGACUAGCAACUGAUACUCAGACUGUCCAUGCAAGAUUAAAGUUCCGUCAGAACUUAUUCGAACUGAAAGAAGGCACAAGGAUGUCACCGAAAGUUUUUAGCUCAAUGGUCUCAAAUAUGCUAUAUGAGAAAAGGUUUGGCCCAUACUUUGUAGAGCCUAUAGUGGUAGGCUUAGAACCAGAUACUUACGAACCGUUUAUCUGCAACAUGGAUUUAAUAGGCAAUGUAUGUUUCCCUGAAGACUUUGUUGUAGGAGGCACUUGUGAAGACCAGCUCUUCGGUACAUGUGAAACAAUGUGGGAGCCAGAUCUAAGUCCUGAUGAUCUAUUUGAAACGAUAUCUCAAGCCCUAAUGAGCGCAUUCAAUCGAGAUGCUGGUUCAGGCUGGGGUGCUGUCGUUUACAUCAUAGAAAAAGAUAAGGUCACUACAAGACAUCUGAAGACCCGUAUGGAUUAAGUGAUCCAGAAAUUAUUUUCUCAAUUUUUUUUUUU